AUGGCCGCACCCGCUGCCGGCCGAUGCAAGCUGCCGCCUCCACCGCACCAGCGAUACUGGCCGCGGCUCGCCGCCACGCGCCGGCUCGGAAGAGGGGCUAUCGGCGGCGCAGCAGAGCGGCAUGCGUCGUCAUUCGAGCAGCACCAGUGCGUGCGCCCCACACGUCACGCGAGCGCAGGAGAGUUUGCGGCAGAGCAGUACCGUGUACUAGCCGGAGGCAUCGCGCCGAAAACCCCGCGCAUUCCGCCCCAACAGAGGCUGCAGGAGGCAGAUGGCCAAUAG